AUGCAGAGAAGUCGAGUUCAUCAAGGAAUUUCGAAGUCAAGUGGAAACCGAAAUCAGAGAAGCGUCCAGACCAAAGAAGAAAUAGAGCAUCUCCAUUGCGAAUUUAAACAGUAUUAUACGGAAAUUAAGGGACAUACCCGUAGCCUGAACGAAAACGUUCAUAGCAUUAAGGAAGAACUUCGUCGAGAUUUCAAACAAGGCUUUGCCGAAAUCGAUAAACGGAUUACUAAUCAGAACGAAAACACUCAAAGCAUCAAGGAGGAACUUUGCCGUGACUUCAAACAAUACUUCGUCGAACUCAAUAAAAGGAUUACUAACCAGAGCGAAAAUAUCAAUAGCAUGCGGGAAAAUCUCCACCGCGAGUUUGGGCAAUGUCGUAAAGAAAUAAAGGAGCAGAUUCGUGACCAAAGCGAUAGCAUAAAGGGAAGCAUUGAAUUGACCAAAAAUUCGCUUGAAACACGGGUGGCAACUCUUCCCUCUCACGCACCGAAAACAGAUCAAGAGCCAACCAUGCCGAAAGAAGUGGCAUCGGAAGGGACAACAACCAAAAACUGGACAGAGGACCCUAAUUCGGAAAAUCAAGAUCCUAUAAGACAAAGAAAUGACGAAGAGGAGGAAGUCGGAGAAGACCUCUUGGAUCUAGGUGACGAAUACGAAUGUAGAGAGCAGAAGGAUGCAAGCGAAAAAGUUUCAACCUAUACAAAUGAAAACAUUCGACAAAAAAGGGAACAUGCAGAGAAGGAACGGAGAGAACAAUUAGAUGAACGAAGAGACAGAAUCGAGGAGUUCCUCAAAUACAAUAGGGACGUACCAGAAAAGAUGAUUCGACGGCUUAAUUACAUUCGAUCGGAAGAGCGCUUCCUAACAUGCUCAUUCUGUUUAGCCAAGGGAGAGCAUUACUCAGAUAGCUGUCCAGAGUAUGCAACUGUGGACACGAGAUCGAGAAGAGCAUGA